CUUUGUUUCUCUCAUCGGCUCUUUCUAAGUAAUCAAUCAAAUCACUCUCCCUCUCUCAUCUCUCUCUGUCCUUUUUGUCCGCUGAUGGAGAUUAGAGCUUCAAUCACAAGCAAGUUCUGGUUCUCCAACACAUCCCAGAAACCCUAAUUUCACAGGUAAAACCACAAUUCUAACUCUUAAGGAAUCAGGAAUCGUAAAGAUGUUCCCGUGGAACAUCGCCAAAUCGGCGGAGGCGAUGUUCUCCCGGUGGGCCAUAAAAAGGGUUUGCAAAUUCUUGCUGAAGAAGAAAUUAGGGCAAUUUAUCCUAGGCGACAUCGAUCUUGACCAGCUCGAUGUGCAGCUAGCAGCGGGUACGAUUCAACUAUCUGAUGUUGCUCUCAAUGUCGAUUAUGUCAACCAAAAGUUUGGUGCUGCAGCAGCAAUGAUUGUGAAAGAAGGGUCAAUUGGCUCUUUAUUAGUCACAAUGCCGUGGAAGGGAAAAGGUUGUCAGAUUGAGAUUGAUGAACUUGAGCUUGUGCUUACUCCCUUUGGGGGUAAUAAUUCUCAAUUUGGAUCUGAAACUUGUAUACCGGUUCAAGAUAAUAACAACUCUGUCAACCAUGAUUUGGGAGAACUAAAGCAUGAAAUGGUGGAUAAUGCUGUGACAUCCGCUUCUGUGGAUGUUCACGAAGGAGUUAAAACCAUUGCUAAGAUGGUGAAAUGGUUGCUUUCAAGCUUUCAUGUAAAAGUUACAAAGGUGAUUGUCGCUUUUGACCCCUGUUUAGGAGAGGAAAAGCAGACAGAGUUUUGCAAAACCUUGGUUCUUCGAAUUACUGAAGCAGAAUGUGGAACAUGCAUUUCUGAAGAUGCUAACUCAAAUGCUGAUGUUACUGUUGAUAACUUUCUUGGAUUCAGUCGAUUAACAAACUUCAUAAAAUUUCAUGGAGCAACACUUGAAUUUCUUCAAAUGGACAGUGUUAACAAUCAAGUACUCCUUCCAUCUGCUUCUGGAGCAGCUUUUGAUGAAUGGUUUUCAGGAUGCCGUCCAUCAAGUGCUAUGACUCCUAUUGUUACUGGGGAGAAAGGUGGAAUUUCAGGGACGCUGAAAUUAAGUAUACCUUGGAAGAAUGGUUCUUUAGAUAUCCGCAAAGUGGAUGCAGAUGCUUACAUAGAUCCUUUAGUAUUAAGAAUUCAACCUUGCUCCAUAAAAUGGUUCUUAUAUCUUUUUGAAAUUUUUAAUGGUUUGCGUAAGAAUAGCAAGGAUAAUGUGCAUCAGAAUUCGGAGUCUGUUUAUUUUAGUGCAGCAUCUCAUUGCCAUUCAUCAAUCUCAGGCUCUUGUGUGGUUGCUACUGAUAAGGUGCUACCAAACAACGAAAGUUUCUUUGCUGACUUCUCUUCUCCAACGGGGAAAGAAACAGUAACAAAUGCUAUGUUACCAGGGUCCCAUCUUAUAUCAGAUUGGGUGCCAUCGUCUCACAGUAAAAAUCAGAAAGACAAAAGUGAAGCAGAACCAGAUUUUGGGGCCAGCAUACAUCAGUUUUUCGAAUGUUUUGAUGGAAUGAGAAGUUCCCAGUCGGCUUUAGGACAGAGUGGGAUGUGGAACUGGACGUGUUCUGUUUUCAGUGCAAUAACUGCUGCAACCAGCCUUGCUUCUGGAUCUUUGCAUAUUCCCUCUGUACAGCAGCAUGUUGAAACCAAUCUUAAGGCAACUGUUGCUGGAAUUUCUGUUCUUUUCUCCUUUUUUGAUGAAGACCAAAAGCAUUGUGAUCUGAAUGGUGAUCAGAUGAAUAUUGGUUCAGAAGUUCAUUAUCUGCGUUCAGAAUUCCAAGACAUGUUUUUUGUCUUGAAGGUUUGUCCUCGAGAAAUUAAUUUUGAAGUGACGGUAGAGCAUAUUGAGCUCACUGAUCACUUCAGCAACGGGAAUGCUGUCAUGAAUUUUGGUAUGCCUGGUUGCAAUGAUGAUAUCGAAAGUCGGAUUGUUUCAAUCCAACAAAUGCAAGCUGCCGUCCAAGGUGCUCUCCCUCCAUUUUCCUCAUCUGCAGAAGAUGCUGAUUUGGGAAAACCAAGUGGAUCAGUUGGUGCAAAUUCUUUCAGGGAUAGAUACACUAGCAGAGCAGAUUCUCUAAGUAUUUAUAGGGAUGAUGUAGUCAAGGUUAUGUUGCUUAGAACUUCAGGUGUUAGUCAGUGCCAAUUUACUAUAAAUUCAAGUUCUUCUGAUGGCAGUUUCAUGGGGCCAACGUCUUUUUCGUUAAAGUUGCCGCCGUUUGUUUUCUGGGUGAACUUCCAUUUGAUAAAUAUGGUAUUGGAUCUUUUGAAGGAAGUUGGAAAUUCCUUUGAAAUGAUUAGCACAAAGAAAGAUAUUCCAUCCGAGGCCUUCAAUGGUAAUUAUAAUCCUUCAUACCACGGGGAUGUGAAAAGUACCUCUUCCUCUCAUCAGAUGAACUUGUCACAAAAAGAAAGUCUGAGAGGUAAUAUUUUUCUCCUCAAUGCAAGGGUUAUAUUAUGUUUCCCUUUUGAGAAUGUUGGAGAUUUUAGAAGCUACUCUUCCUGGGAUCAGUUUGUUGCUCUUGAAGUUUCUUCGCCAUUGAAUCUGGUUCCUUUUGGAAGUUCUAAGAAGAGGUAUUCUUCAACAACCUCUUGUUCCUUGCAUCUGAAUGUGGGAGACCUUGACAUGUACUUAAUAACCUCUGCUUCCUUAGAGAAUGACGGAAGGAACUCCUGUGUCAUGCAGAGGCAGACAUGUUUUGCUCAAAAGAUUCUGUCUGUCACUGACAGAACAAGCUGUCCUUCUGUUCUUAGUAUGGUUUGGCAGGAAGGUGCCGUGACUGGUCCUUGGAUAGCAAAGAAAGCCAAACUUCUAGCUACAUCAGAGGAUUCGAAGGGCAGAAAUAAAUUCAUAGGAAAAGAUUAUGAGUUUGCGUCUGUAACUACCGUUGAAGAUAUGGAAGACAUCAAUAAUCUUUCACGACAAGAGAUGAUUUUGAGCUCUAAAUUUUUCCUGCGUGUCCAUUUAUCUCCUGUAAGCGUCACUCUGUGCAGUUCUCAGUAUAAAGCUUUACAUCAUCUUUUGCAUGAGGUGAUGGAUGGGUUGUCAUGUGUACGCAGUGACCCUGUCGGAGUUACAGAUGAAUUUUCUGCAUCUCAAACAUCAAUUCUUGUGGAAUGUGAUCUUUUAGAAAUUUCAGUUAGCCUGGAAAAACCAGAGAGUACAAAAGGCUCAAUGUACAAUGAACUUCCUGGCUCUUGGAAUAGUUUAAGAGUAGAAGUUUAUAAGUUUGAAUUGUUGUCUGUGUCAAAUAUCGGAGGAAUCAGGGGUGCCGAUUUUCUUUGGGUGACCCAUGGUGAAGGCAAUUUGUGGGGUUCCAUUACUGAAUUUCCAAAUGAAGAGCUGCUUCUGAUAUCGUGUAGCAACUCUACUAUGGGACGUGGUGAUGGAGAAGGUUCAAAUAUAUUAUCUUCCAGGUGUUCUGGUUCUGAUAUUGUGUACCUGUGUGAUCCAGAGAGUUCUCAUAGUUAUACAUCCAUAACUGUCAGAUGCUGCACUAUCGUUGCUAUAGGUGGUCGCUUAGAUUGGUUGGAUAGCAUUCCCUCCUUUUUCAGUAUGCCCUCUCCUGAAAUUGAACAAGCAGGUGACAGCAGUUUGAAGAAAGAGGAUUCUGCAAAAAGCAUACCUUGUGGAUCUUCUUUUAUUCUUAGCUUGGUAGAUAUUGGUUUGAGUUACGAGCCCUACCUGAGGAAUUUGGUGGCUGGUGAAUUAUUUGAUUCCAAGUCUAGCCCUGAUAAUGUCUAUGAAGAAAUAGGUGAAAAAUGUGUUACAUGUCUCUUAGCAGCAUCGUCCUUGAAACUUUCUAAUACGACGGAUGCGGAUUCUAUUGAAAGUGACUACAAAAUUAGAGUGCAAGAUUUGGGGCUACUCCUUUGUCCAGUGUCUACAGCUGAGAUUGUUGGCGGCACCUAUAGUGUAGAAUAUCUUACUAGGCUUGGCUAUGUUAAAGUUGCUCGAGAGGCGCAUGUUGAAGCACUACUGAGGUUCAACUGUAAGAAUGACCUUCUCUGGGAAGUACAAUGUUCUGGAUGCCACAUCUUUCUUGACACUUGCCAUGACACCACUUCUGGUCUGAUUCGUCUGGCUGCUCAACUCCAACGGCUUUUUGCCCCUGAUAUAGAGGAAUCAGUUGUGCACUUGCAGACUAGGUGGAAUAAUGUUCAGCAGGCACAAGAGAGUAAUGAAACCAGGUUCUUUGACAGAAAUUCUAUCCCAUCCACUUCUCAAGUGCAUACAUCAAGCGUAGAUACAGAGAGUAAACCUGGUGCAAUCAACUUGAUGGAUGAAAUACAUGAUGAUGCAUUUCACUUGGACGGAAAUUUGGAUACCCAAUCUGACAUCCACGAGGCACAACUUCAUAGAUCGCUUGAUGAUGCUGUUCUUAAAGAGGCAAGUAACUUAAGUACCGGAGACUCUGAAAGCUUCUUGCAUAAUUUUUCUUUUACUGGGGCAGUGCCUGUUAUUGGAUUGGAAAGUAAGCAAACCUCAUUUUUACAAAAAAGUUUUCCAGAGUUUAUAGAAGGCUAUUUCUUAUCUGAGUUACAACACCCUUUGCCAGAACUAUCUCCUGACAACCAAUCAUCGCAUGAGAUUCUUAAAUGCAAGUCCAGGAAUGCGGGGAAUAGAGUUGUCGUACGAGGAAAUGGAUGGUAUGGGGACAGCUCAUUUAGAAUUGUAGACAACCAUGUUUCAGAAAUCAAUGAGCGAACUGGUCAGCAACGAUUUAUAGAAGGCAAGACUCCUACCAAGUGUACUAGACCUGAAGAUUACAGGAAAGCUAAGGGGCGUGUACUUCUUGGGAACAUCAAUGUUGUAUGGAGAAUGUAUGCUGGUUCUGACUGGUGUGACCUUAAGAAGAAUGUCCAGCAUUCUGGAAUUACUUGUGGAAGGGAUAAAACUGCAUGCCUAGAGCUUGCAUUGUCUGGAAUUGACUUCCAGUGCGACAUUUACCCUGAUGGUGAAAUUUGUAUAUCUAGGCAUUCUCUCACGGUUCAGGAUAUUCAUCUUAAUGACAACAGCAAUGAUGCUCCAUGGAAACUGGUGCUGGGAUAUUAUCAGUCAAAAGAUCAUCCUAGAGAAUCCUCAUCAAAAGCAUUCAAACUGGACUUAGAAGCUGUCAGACCAGAUCCUCAAACCCCUCUUGAGGAGUACCGGUUACGCAUUGCAUUCCUUCCUAUGCGUUUGCAUCUUCAUCAGUCUCAACUUGAUUUUCUCAUCAAUUUCUUUGGGGGAAAGUGUUCAUCAGUUGAUCAGUCUCCAUGUCCUUCUCAGGAUUCAGGUGAAUCAAUGAUGUUACGAAACAAUAGUAAUUUUGGGAGCCAUACAAUUACCGAGGAGGCAUUGCUUCCAUAUUUUCAGAAGUUUGAUAUAUGGCCCGUUCUUCUUCGGGUUGACUACAACCCCUGCCGUGUUGACCUAGCAGCAUUAAGGGGUGGGAAGUAUGUGGAACUUGUUAACCUGGUUCCUUGGAAGGGGGUUGAACUACAACUCAAACAUGUUCAUGCUGUUGGUAUCUAUGGCUGGAGCAGUGUGUGUGAAACAAUAAUAGGGGAGUGGUUGGAGGAUAUUUCACAAAAUCAGAUUCAUAAACUGUUGCAAGGCCUCCCUCCCAUUCGAUCGUUGGUUGCUGUUGGUUCUGGGGCUGCAAAGUUGGUUUCUCUGCCAGUGAAGAACUACAAGAAGGACCGCAGAUUAAUCAAGGGGAUGCAGAGAGGUACAAUUGCAUUUCUCAGAAGCAUUUCACUGGAAGCUGUUGGGUUAGGAGUGCAUUUGGCAGCAGGGGCACACGACAUCCUGCUCCAAGCAGAAUACAUACUUACAAGCAUUCCACCCUCGGUACAACAUCCUGUACAAAGCAGAAAGAAAUCAAACAUAAGAUCUAAUCAGCCGAAAGAUGCUCGGCAAGGAUUGCAACAGGCAUAUGAGAGUAUCGGUGAUGGCAUGGGCAAAUGUGCUUCUGCUUUAGUUAGAACUCCCUUGAAAAGAUACCAGCGCGGCGUUGGUGUUGGAUCUGCAUUGGCAACUGCUGUUCAGGCAGCUCCUGCAGCUGCAAUAGCUCCAGCCUCCGCUGCUGCACGUGCUAUGCAUUGUGCUCUUCUUGGUGUCAGGAACAGCCUCAAUCCGGAGCACAAGAAAGAGUCGAUGGAAAAAUAUUUGGGUCCAACUCAGCCUCGGGAAUCCAUAUAAUUGAGGAUUAGAACCAGAACUCAUUUAUUGAAGAACUUUCGGUUCCCAUCAGCUCCUCCCCAACCCCCACCACCCCCCCCAAAAAAAAAAAAGAAAUGAUUCAGAAGAAAAAGGAAAUUCGUUGUGAAGUUCCCUUUAGUUACUACAUUGGGGACUUAGCUACCAUUUGCAGGUGUACAGAUGGGAUGAACCCAUUAAACACAUUCUUUAGGGUCAGAAGACAUGACAGUAAUCCUGUACAAAUUGUUAAUAUGAAGCGACGACGCAUAUAUGAUGACACAACCAAGCCGAGCCUUGUAAUUAUAGUCAUUCAAUCGGCAUUAGUGAGUUGUAUAGUGUAUAGUAACAUUUAUUUGCCGUAUUCUUUUAAUGUCCCAAUUGUAGUAUAUGCAAUUGUCUGUUGUAAAGUUCAUCAAAUCUUAUCUGUCUUCCAUUUUAGAUAA